UCAGAUUUGGAUACCAAAGGAUUCUCCCUUUGUAAGAAAAAUCCAAAAAAUUUCAUUUGUCGUCAAUUAAUUCGAAAAAGACAAUUUCUUCAACCCUUCUUCUUCAUCAUCAACAACAAAACAACACUCCCUGUUCUUCUCUUCGUUUUCUUUUUUUUGGAAUUUCCAACUCCAUUUCGCCGUUUCAUUGCAAUUCCCCUCCGCCGGAAUUGCAAUUUUCCGGUCCUUCUUCCACAGUCAUGCCUCUUCUUUCAUGGAAGACCACCAGAGCUUCUCGAAUCUCUCAAAUCGUCGCCGACUUCCACUCGCCGAAGCGCGCCGGUUCGCUUGUUGUCGAGACUGGGUUUCCAACCUCUAUUGUUGAUCUAUUCGUCAAGCAUCGUGAUCGACUGAGGAAGCACUCAGCGAGAAGGAAGUCGAAGAAGAAGAAGAAGAUAGCGAAGAAUGAAUUUCACGACUCAAUCGCUCAACUGUCUCCUUCGGAAGUCGAUUCUAUUGGCUCUUCAGGCUCUUGUGUACUGCGCGGUAACCUAGAAACUGAGGAUUUGGAUGAAGCUCGUAAAUGUAGCGGUCGUGGAUGCGAAUUGAUCCGGGAUCGGACUGAGACGUGUGUUGUCGGUGGCGAUGCGACCUGCGGGAACGGCUUCUGUUUGUUUGUGUUGAAGAUGUUUGUGGUUGCGGGUUUGGCGUUAAGUGCCAAGAAGCUUGUGGUUGGUAUUACUCUAUCUGCUUUUCUACUUUUUCUUCUGGAAUUUGUCGGUAAACGUGCUGUACGCUUCUUCAAACCGUGCACUCAUCGCGAGGCUGCUGCGAGAUCCUUGAUCCAAAAGGCAACGAAGCAUCUAUGGAUUGGAAAAGAUGAUCCAGUGAUUCAAGACUCAAGAAAUUGCGAAGGAGAAUCUGUUCAGAAAAUUUCGCUCAAUGCUUUUCCAAACGAAUCGAUUGAUUUACCAGAAUUAAGUUCCUCAAUCGAAGAAAUUCAACUCGUGGAACCGCAGAUCGACACCGAUGUAACGCCCAAGAGAAAUGAAGAUGAAAAACGCCGUCUUGAUGGAGGGGAUCUUCAAGUUCGCGAAAAUGAACGUGGAAUACGAAGGAAACACAACCGGAGGAUGUUUGAGAAACUCGUGCGAAGGAAAUCAGGAAGUCAAGCAAAUGAGAAGAAGAACAACACAGAGGAAUUGGAGUUCAGAAGUGACGGAUUGGACAAGGACUCUAUUGAAGAACAAGAGAACGAAACCCUAGAAAAAGAAAAAGAACAAGAUGGUGAAACCAUAAGCAUUUGUUGGAAAGAUAAACAAGAUAGCGGAAAACCUCCAGGUUUCGAUGAACAAUGGCAGAUAAUGGAAGUUGCAGAGUCAUCAUGUGAAAUUCAUGGAAUCAAGAUCAAGAGAGAAGAGAGUUUGAGUUAUGCAAUUCUGUUUCUGAUUGUUCUUGUUGGGUUGUUUGGAGGUCGGUUUUUGGCGGUGGUGCUGGCAACCGCAUGCUGUUUCAUGAUCAAACUGAAGGAAAUUGCAAGGAGAAAGUCUCUGAAUCCGCCAUUAAAGGUCAGUCAGUAGUAUUUGUUUCCCCCAUUUUUCAUCUUUGAUACAAAUGUUGUGUUUGUUAAUCCAAAUUAGUUUUAGUUGAAAGUGAAAAUUUCCCAUGGAAGUUGAAAAAAUUCAACUGGGGUUUUUGUACCAAAUGCUAUAAAGUUUUCGUUGCACAUUGUUAGUUCAAAAUCUGUCUUCGGGUGAUACCCUUUUCAGUUAA